ACGCAGAACCGGGAGAGGGAGAGAGAUGGGCUGCUGUCUGGCGGGGAAGGGACCACCCCACCCAGGCGAGGCUGGGUCCCUGGCCGGUGCGCCAGCCACUGUCCCCGCCCUGGGGGAGCUCAGGCCUCCAGCUGAGAUCCUACGAGGAAGCAAAUGCAUUUCAAGCAAACGAAGCUGAGCUGGUUUGGUCUGAAGAAGCCUCAGAGCGUCUGACUGGGGCAGAAGGCCAAAGGCCACAUCUUGGUGUCUGGGGACACGGACCUGCCCCUUCCAGUUCUCUAUAGAGCUGCGCCAUCUGGAAGCACGUAGGAAGGCAGUGGUGCCAGCUCCUACCUCCUAUCUGCCUGCAGCCAUGGAGAACAGCAGCAAGUUCGACAGCCCCACAAACAUCUCCCUGUUCAGCAGCGACGCUGUCUUUGACAUGAUCGAAUACAAAGCCAUCUCGGUCUUCCUGGUGUUGGUGAUCUGCGGGGUGGGGAUUGUGGGCAACAUCAUGGUGGUGCUGGUGGUCCUCACCACCCGGGAGAUGAAGACGCCCACCAACUGCUACCUGGUUAGCCUGGCAGUGGCUGACCUGAUGGUCCUGGUGGCUGCUGGCUUGCCCAACAUCUCCAACAGCCUGGCGGGGACAUGGAUCUAUGGGCACACCGGCUGUCUUGGGAUAACCUACUUCCAGUAUCUGGGCAUCAACGUCUCCUCCUGCUCCAUCACUGCCUUCACCGUGGAGAGGUACAUCGCCAUUUGCCACCCAAUGCGCGCCCACACCAUGUGCACAGUAUCCCGGGCCAAGCGCAUCAUUGCCUUCGUUUGGAUCUGCACCUCCAUCUACUGCACGCUCUGGUUCUUCCUGGUCGAUAUCAAUGUCAACAAGAGCCAGCACCUGGAGUGUGGCUACAAGGUCUCCCGCAACCUCUACCUGCCCAUCUACCUGCUCGACUUUGCCCUCUUCUUUGUCACCCCCUUGGCUGUGGCCACCAUGCUCUACGGGCUGAUCGGGAAAAUCCUCUUCGCCAGCCCCAUCCCUCACCAAGCUGACUCCACCGCCAAGCCCUGGAGAGAGAGGAGCGGGAGGGAGAAGAACGGAGUGGACACACGGGCGAGCAAGCCCAGCAGCCGCUCCAGGACCAGAGGGGCUCUGUCCUCCCGGAAGCAGGUCACCAAGAUGCUGGCGGUGGUGGUGAUCCUUUUCGCCCUGCUCUGGAUGCCCUACCGGACACUGGUGCUGGUGAACUCCUUCAUGGACAACCCCUUCCUGAACCCGUGGUUCAUCCUCUUCUGCCGGCUCUGUGUCUACACCAACAGCGCCAUCAACCCCGUCAUCUACAACCUCAUGUCCCAGAAGUUCCAGGCCGCCUUCAAGCGGCUGUGCAAGUGCGGGGGGGAGCCACCGCCCCGCAGCCUGUACAUGGUCAUGGCCAGCUACAGCCUGGCGAGGGAGCCCCUGCCGCCCACUCCCCAGCCCCAGGACCACAAGGAAGGCAAACAGCCUCCACCGGUGAGCAACAUGGCUCUCCCCAAGUGGCAGCAGCCACUGCCACGGAGCAAGGGAGACAACAGGGACGAGCUGUACUUCAGUGUGGUGUAGAUCCCCUACCCCCCCCGGCUCCAUGGUUCC